AUGAAGAGCAGGCCAGCAAAAGUCAUCCACGACUAUCUUAUUCCCAUGCCGUCCCAUCUACUCACCACGACGCUGUCUGAUCUCUUGCACACACCGCUUGCCUCGGGGUCGUCGAUGGUGAUGGAGGGGAGGACUUUGCCGCAGGGCCAUCACUUGGUGUACUUCCCGCUGCAGACGCCGGCUUCGGGACUUGCUAGUGAUGGCGCGGAUCAGGAUCAUGCGCCCGACGAGGAGUUUACGAAGAGGCUGUGGGCUGGGGGGGAGGUGCGGUUUGGGGGGAGGAGGCUGGUGCUGGAUGGGAGGCCGUGGGUUUGUAAGGAGGAGAUUGGAGAUGUGAGAGUUAAAGGGGAGGGAUGGGAAGAGAAGGUUUUUGUUGAUGUGUGGAGGAGGUAUGGAUUGGGGCAUGAUGGUGAUGCUGGGGAGUGGGAUAUCGAGGAGAGGAGGACGCUGGUGUUUAUGCGUAAGACGGAGCAUCAGGAUCAGGGGCCUGGUGGACGGCUUGUCAAGUAUGCUCAUCCCCCUACACAUUCGGCCUCUCUCAUCCCCACACCAACGCAUCUCUUCCACUUCUCGGCUCUCACGUACAACGCCCACUCCAUCCACAUCGACCCUCUCUACGCGAAAUCCCAGGACGGACACCGCGCAUUGCUCGUUCACGGGCCAUUAUCACUGGCACUCAUGCUCCGCGUCCUAAACGACCAUGUUGCGCCAAAGGAUGGCGGCGGAGUGGUCAAGUCUAUUGCGUAUAGAAAUUAUGCGCCGUUGUAUGUUGGUGAGGAGAUGAAAGUUUGUGUAAGACGGACGAAGGGUAAUGCAACUAAGGAGGAAGAGGAAUGGGAUGUUUGGAUCGAAGGGCCUGAGGGGGGAUUGGCUGUGAAGGGCAGUGUGGUUGUGGGAGCGAAGUAA